CGUUUCAGAAUUACCCAACAUGGCGGUCAGGUGCUAUUGUCGUUUGUUUCUUUAGUCGAAGUCCAAUGUUUGUUUCACCUAAUAUUCGCGCAUAAGUCUGUUAGAGAACGUUUGGAUUUUUGCUACUAUAAUCUUAAAAUAACCGUGGACUAUUUUUUAGUUCUGUAAGAACGGUACUUGUCUCUAAAAUGAGUUAUACAACCAGGGUGGUCCAAGUGACCAAUGUGUCUCCGAGCACAACGUCGGAGCAGAUGAGAACAUUGUUCGGUUUUCUGGGAACCAUCGAAGAGCUAAAGCUAUUUCCACCGGAUGAUUCUCCUAUGCCGGUGACAUCUCGAGUGUGCUUUGUGAAGUUCCAGGAGCCCGAGUCUGUGGGGGUGUCUCAACAUCUGACUAACACUGUGUUCGUGGAUCGGGCCUUGAUCGUAGUCCCAUUUGCUGAAGGAUCUAUUCCUGAUGAGGCUAAAGCGUUGUCCCUUUUGGCUCCAGCAAAUGCUGUUGCAGGAAUUUUGCCAGGUGGAGGCCUUCUUCCAACACCGAAUCCCCUCCCCAAUCCAGCUCUUGGAGCAAACCCCUUCGGUGGUCCAAGUAUAGAUCCAAUGGCAGCAUUUGGAUUCGCUGGGCCCAAUAUGAACCCUCAGGCUGCUGAUCAGUUAUUGAAGAUGAUGACAGAUCCGAAAUUGAAUCCUUUGGCUGCUGGUUUGAACCUGAGUGCAAGCCUGAAGGCUGAUGCUUCUAAUAAAGAGAUUGAAGAGGCCAUGAAGAGAGUCAGAGAGGCUCAGUCACUCAUUUCUGCUGCUAUCGAACCUGGACAUAAAGACAGCAAAAAGAAGCAUUCUCGUUCAAGGUCCAGGUCCAGGAGGAGGAGGUCCAGGUCACGUUCACGACACAGUCGCAGGCGAACCAGGAGCAGAUCAAGGCACAGGUCAAACUCAAGAAACAGAAGGCGCUCCAAAAGUCCACGCAGGAGACACACCCACUCCAGAGACAGAAGCAGGCGAUCUCGAACCAGAUCCAGAGAUAGAAAGAAAGAGAGUGGGACAAGAAGAAGAUCCAAAACACCACCAAAAAGCUACAGCACAGCCAGAAGAUCACGCAGUGUGAGCCGACGCAGGAGAAGUCGCAGCGCCAGCCGAUCUCCUAAGAAGUCUCCUAAAAGGAGAAGCCCAUCUCCAUUUUCCCGAAGACACAAGAAGGAAAAGAAGAGGGAUAAAGAAAGAGACAGAGACCGCAGGGUUGAAAAGGAGCGCGUUCGUGAAGAGCGGGAGCGCUCCACCAGCAAGAAAAAAAAGAACAAAGACAAAGAAAGGGAGCGUGAAAGGAAAUCUGAUGGAGAGAAAGGAGACAUUAAGAUCACCAGAGAUUACGAUGAAGAAGAACAAGGAUAUGACAGUGAGAAGGAAAGAGAAGACAGAAAAGAUUCAGAUGACUCUGCUUUGUCUCCUCAGUCGGUGGAAGGAAAUGGCACCGCACGGCUCAGAAAGCAAGCCAAAGUUAACGGUGCUGACGAUCGCCACGAAGAGGACAUGGAUGUUAGCGACUGAGUGAUUCGUCCUACAUUAUCUCUUCACUUUAGUUAUAAACAUACAUUUUUCCCCACUUUGUUAAACCUAAAAUGUAAAGUGUUUGUAAAAAAACAACUACAAAAAAAAAAACCCCACCUGUUAUUCUUAAAGAGGAUUAGUUUGCUCUUUUGCAAAUGUAUACUGCAUUGUUGUUUGCCUGAUUGUUUUUUUUUUUUAAACACAAGUACUUUUUGGUCCUUGCCACCACAGAUGCGAUCGGUUAAAACUGGAA